AUGCAUACUCCUAUUCCUCACCCAUUCGAUCCUUUGACCCCGGUGGAGAUCACUCAGGCCGCUACAAUCGUGCGAGAUGAAUUCGCUGGGGAUUUGCCCAACUUUCGCGUCAUUACACUCCAAGAGCCACCCAAAAAAGAGAUGCUUCAAUUUCUGGAGCGGGAGCAUCAGGGCCAGUCUCAAAUGUCGCGACCUACCCGAAAUGCCCGGGUUCAGGUCAUAACCCAAACUCAAUCGGGCUCAAACGAGAUGGUGGAGCUGAUUGUCAAUCUUGACGAAGGUGUGGUCUUAAAAAAGGAACAUCUACCAGGGAAACAUCCGUAUAUAGAUUCUGCUUAUAUGCAGGCAGUUGAGAGUGCUUGCAGGGCCGAUCCGAGAAUUGAAGUCGAAAUCCAGAAGCUCAAAUUACCUGAAGGGAGCACUGUUGUUAUCGAACCGUGGGCAUAUGCCACUGAUGGGAUGAGCGAUAUGACCGAGCGCACAUCGAUGUGUUGGUUCUAUAUGCGUCUUUCCGAAAACCCAGACGCGAACUACUAUGCGUAUCCUCUCGAUUUAUGUGCAGAGGUUUCCGAGCAACUGCAAGUCACCAAGAUCUAUCACCUGCCAUCGUCGGAAGACGAUCGAAUCUCUGAAGACGCACGACCUUAUGACCAUAACAAGGUUCACUCGCCCGAUUUGAGUGAAUACCAUCCCAGUCUCCGACCGCCACCACGCACAUCGACGAAACCGUAUCAAGUUGUCCAGCCGCAAGGUCCAUCUUUCAAGACUGAUGGCAAUCUUGUGUCGUGGGAGAAGUGGACAAUGCGCGUGGGGUUUAACUACCGUGAGGGACUUACUCUUCACGAUAUCCGCUAUGAUGACCGCAGUUUAUUCUACCGUAUGUCACUAUCGGAGAUGUUCGUACCCUACGGCGAUCCUCGAUCUCCAUUCCCCCGCAAAGGAGCCUUCGACCUCGGGAAUGACGGCGCCGGCAUCAACGCAAAUAACCUCCGCCUGGGCUGCGAUUGCCUUGGCGUGAUUAAGUACUUUGACGGCUGGCAUAAUACCAUGACCGGUGACGCGGUCAAACUUCCCAAUGUGAUUUGUUGCCAUGAACAGGAUGAUGGAAUUCUUUGGAAGCACACCAAUUUCCGGACGCAGAACGCCGUUGUUACUCGAUCGCGGAUUCUGGUCCUGCAGACUAUCAUUACGGUCAGCAACUAUGAGUAUAUCUUUGCCUUUCACUUCGGUCAGGAUGCGUCUAUUCACUAUGAAGUACGAGCUACGGGCAUAUUGUCCACCUGCCCCAUCAACAUCGGCGAUAGCGUCGGAUAUGGCACCGUCGUCGCACCCGGUGUUCUGGCACCCUAUCAUCAACACCUUUUUUCUCUUCGGAUUGACCCUUCCAUCGAUGGAAUGUUAAACUCUCUACAAGUUGAAGAGUCCCACCCAUUACCUAUCGACAACCCGGCAAUUCACAAUCCCUUCGGGGUAGGCUAUACGACGAGUUCCAAGAUCGUCACAGAAGAAGGCGGACUAGAUCUCGACGUGACCAAGAAUCGGACCUUCAAGAUCAUCAAUGAAAAUACUAUCAACCCAAUUACCGGUACGCCAGUAGGAUUCAAGCUUCUUCCAUGCUAUAGCCAGAUGCUCCUCGCCCACCCGAAAUCCUAUCAUGCCAAACGGUCUGAGUUUGGUAGCCAUGCCAUUUGGGUGACCAGCUACAAGGAUGAUGAGCUUUUUCCUUCUGGGCGGCACACUAUGCAAUCACUUGGCGGUGAAGGAAUUAGUUCAGUUAUCCAGCAAAGAAAGGACGACCUUGAUAGUAAAAACAAUGUGCGAAAUGAGGAUAUAGUCGUCUGGCACACUUUUGGAUCGACACAUAAUCCCCGCAUUGAGGAUUGGCCUGUUAUGCCGUCAGAGAAGAUGGUUGUUGGAUUGAAGCCGGUAAAUUUCUUUACGGGAAAUCCGGGUUUGGAUGUUGCUGUUUCUACUCAGGAGAGGAAUAGAAGUGUUUUGGUUUAA